AUGUCACAGCUGCUCGAGAAAUUGGCGGCUUCACAGGCGGUAGUCGACAAGAGCAAAGGCGGCUUCGCGGCAUAUGGUCCGAUUGUGGUCGCGAAGAACUCUCAGAUUUCGGUUAGCGAUUCCUUUGCCAGAAACGGAUGCUGUGGAGGCUUCAGCGUUAGACAGGAACUUGCCGGUGCAUUGGCUGCCGUGCAGGUGACUGGCGGCUCGACCAUCAGCAUUUCCAACACUGCGGCGCGGCUGGAGGGUGGAGGUUUCGCGGCAUGGCGUGGAGAUGUUGUGGUCAGUGACGGCUCAAAGCUCAGAAUUCGCAACACUGCCUCUUCUUCCUCGUAUUCAGGUGGCUUCUCUGCAGCCGAGGGAGUCUUGGUCUCCAACAACUCGUUCAUCACAAUUCGAAAUAGCACCUCUAAAGACAACAGCGGCGGCUUCUGGACCAAACGUUUGGAAGUAACCUCCCGAUCGGCGGUGCACAUCGAAAGGACCCAGACGGGUGGGAACGGGGGAGGUUUCAGCGCUGACGAUCUCGCACUGGUUGCCGGCCACUCCAAGGUUACAGUAUCCGACAGCCAGUCCAUCGAGGGGAGUGGCGGAGGCUUCCAGACAGCAAAACUCUACCUAGAGGGCAACUCAUCAAUCGACCUGCGGACCACCUCGGCAGGAAUUAUGGGAGGAGGUGUGUAUGCGGCAAACUUUAGUGCCGGCUCGCACGCUCUGGUGGUUGCCAAUGGCUCGACUCUGGGUGUUCGGAAUGCCACCUCGCGCCUAUAUGGAGGAGGGCUUUGCAUUAUUGGACGUGCAGUGAUUAGUGGUUGGUCCAAGGUUCACACUUCCGACUGCCACACGACGCUCCGUGAUGGUGGCGGAGUCGCCGUGUCUGAGAGCUUGCUGCUCAACGAGAGCUCCGAUGUCCAUAUUCAGAAUGCCACAGCAGGUCGCAGCGGAGGCGGCCUUCACGCGGAAAGCACCAUUACCAUCGCAGCUUCUUCCACACUGGCUAUCUCCAACACUUCCUGUGAGGAGGAUGGAGGCGGUUUCCAUGUUAGCUCCACAGGCGAUUCCCCGGCUGGUUUGGCCUUGCAUGACGGGAUGUUGGUCGUCAACGACUCCAGGUCAAAGGGAAUGGGUGCUGCAGGGUUUGUGCAGGACCGUGUUUUCCUGGGCGCUGUGUCCGGCCUCUAUGUGCAUAAGGCAGUCGGCAGUGAUCUUUCCAGUGUGGUGGCCGCAAGGUCUCUACAACUCAGCCCGGGUGCGACGGUGCUUUUGGAAGAUGUCGUCGGAGGCCUCGGCCUUGACUUGCGAAACAGCGAUUGCCCAAGCGCCCUUGCAAACCGCACUGUCGAGAUAGCAGCCGGAGCAUCCUUGAAAGCUAGCGGGCGUUUGGGCUCGGGCUUCCUUUCCUUGGAGACAUGCCCGUUUGAAGUCGUUCAUCUUUCUGACAUACACCUUCAGUCGUGGUCCAGCCCCCUAUUGAGCACACGGGCGCACAAGGUUGUGGUGAGAGAUGUCAGCAUUGACUACGAGUCGCCGUUGCACGACGUCCUUGUCUUGGCCACAAUAGACAGCUUCAAAGCCGAGUCAUUGGAUGUUUCAUGCAAGGACUGCACCCACGGAGUUGCCUUCAAUGCAACCGGGAGCGAGCUGCGCGCCCUGAGCACUCCAUUGCUUAUUUGCCCGUUGGCAGCAUCGGUAUCCGGAGGCAUGCUUCAACGGUGCACCUGUGCCAACUACCAGACCACCAGGCAGGCUUAUGCUGACCGUCAAGUUGUGAUGCUGCAAGACAUAAUGAAUACCUGCACAUUCUGCGAACCCCACACUCAGUUCAUCAAUGGAACAUGCCAGAAGUGCCCACCAUACAAUGCUUGGUCGGAUGGCAAGUCUGACGUGUGUCAUGUGCUACCACAGGAUUCCGCACAAGUCGGUGCUCUGUUUGCAGCGUCUGCCAGCUGUGUCUUCCUUGCCUUCGUGUUGUACCAGAUCCUGCACGCUCCGUUGGUUAUCGUAGAUGCAAAAUCACAGCGGAUCCCUCAUAGGCUACGGAAAGCUGCAGGCCCCUGCAAGGCAUUCCCAGAGGGGAUGGAGCAGAGGUCCUUUGCCAUGUCAUUGCAAGGCCCCAUUGUCGAUCUCCCACAAUUCCUCUCACGGCAGCUCUAUCGGCAGCUUUGCUAUCGCGUCAAAGGCACGGGCCUGCAAUGGUUGGACUUCGGCCCCGAGAAUGCCCAGGCAGUGAAGAUCCAGAGUAUCGACCGCAGCAAACUUGAAGUACAGGAUGCGCAUGUCCCAUAUGAUUGUGCAGCCGCAGUUGGUGCGUUGCAUGCCACGAACCUCAUGCACCUGAUGCUGCCACUUUGCGCAGCUUUGUUCCUGGUGGUGUUGCUGCCGGUCGCUCUUCAAGUUGCAAGCAUGUCGGGCAAUGGCAUUGCACAUGUACUUGUCACUUCUGCAUACUGUGCACUCCCAGUGGGUUUGGCAGCUCUGAUUCUUCAUCCGGUUGUUGCAUGGCUCAUUGAGCGGCACUGCCGCAGAACGCCAUUUUCUAAACUCUUGGAUGACUACCGGUGGCGCAUCCAGUGCGACCCCCACCCUGGCCCGGACGCGGUGCAUCCAAGCAACCAAGGUUUCAUGGUCCUGACCCUGUGGGAGCUUUGGGGACAUUUCGAGAGCUUCAUCCUGGAUCGCAACAUGCAUUUUGUGGUCAACAACAUAGUCAGGCCUUUGACUUGUGACAGGCAAGUGUCCUUCGUGAGCCUGUGGGGCGGAAGACAGGUGGACUACUUCGUGUCCCACUCCUGGGCCACAAGCUUUGCACACUUUGUACGCUCGAUUCACUCUCAUGCUCGGUCUAGGGAAGGUCAGCGUUGGAUGGAUGUGAGCUACUGGAUUUGCUCUUUUGCCAAUAACCAAUGGAACCUCCAAGUGGCGUUGGGAGAGACCAUCAUGGACAGUGCUUUUGCCCGGACCCUGCGCGGUGGCAUCAAGGGUGUGGCCAUGGUCUUGGACCACGAAGUCCAGCCCUUGACCAGAGCCUUGCCUCUUAAGAGGGCUUUUGCAGUGAGCUUCAAGGGUGUCAAGAACGGGUCACUCGGCGGAUGUUUGUGUUUGCUUUGGAGGAUAAGCAGCACCAUGCAAUAA